AUGGCAGCGUCAGAAGACGAACGUGGCCCGGAACAAGAGCAAACGCCAGGGAUCGCAACAGAACGCGAAGAUGAGAGUAGUAGCGGGGUCGGCAGUGGUGGCAAGACGGCCGAAUCGCAAAACCACAGUGUCUCAACCACUGAGACUCUCCCAGAGGGCAGUCCAGUCAAGGAGGAGAACAAGAAGCCAGUACCGGUACCGAUCGACAAUGCGACGACAUACCUUCCAUCACCUCUCCCUUCUCCCCGGGAUGAGCUCGCGACCCUUGCCACAACUUCGACCUACUCCCGCUCCCCUCCACGACCGAUUUUGAUAAAUACAGGUGGGAAUGGUGUUGGUCUCAAUCUAUCCACCGACUUGCCAUCCUGUGCUGUCUCCGAGACCGACACAGAUGCUCCCACCUCCGCCAUCGAGUCGUCCACCGAUGGCUUCCCCCUACCCUCUGAUGCUCAAGAUCCUCCGAAGAAACCGCCAGGGAGAACGCCAUCUACAGCAAGGCGAACAAGAGAUCGUUCUGGUACAAAGUCCAGUGAUCACGGCAGUGUCAGGCGUUUAUCUGCGUCCAAGAUCCAGGAGUUGACCGCGUCGCCCGAUUCUCUGCCCAUCGCACCUGUUCGCGAACAACCCCUCUCCGCCGGCAUUGCAGAAGCGACUAUGCGGGCAUCUAUGGCUACCCAGCUCUCCUCCACCAAUGUACAUCCCCAACCCUUUGGUGAUACGCCUUUGGGCAGGACUCUACAUUCUGAACGGCCGAGUAUCUCCUCAAGGACUCUGUCCACCCCUGCACAGUAUCGACAAUCGAGCAAUCAACCACUCGGCCCCUCCCUUCCCUCACGACGAGACACUUUUCAGCAUAUAUCACGCUCGGUACCAACCUCGAAUCCCGAGGCCAAGAGCACAUUUGGCCCUGCUGAAGCGCCAAAAUCCCAUCUUCCCGACCCCUCGCAACCCCACGAAGCGAGGGAAUUCCACGAGCCGAGAGGCCCUCGGGCUCCUUCUCCGAUACCUCUGUCAUUCCCUAUCCCACCGCUGUCCGCUCCAACCUUCCUCCAACUCGAGCUUGCCGCUCAGCGGCCGAGUCCACUCUACGUAUAUCAUACCAGCGACAUACCCUACGAAUCGAGUGCAGUCAAGUUUGAACGUUUGAAGAAUUUCUUGUUGCUCCCUCCCUAUCUCGAACGGACCCUGGUGAUUGGCGCUCUGGCGUGCUUGGAUGCAUGGCUGUGGACACUCACCAUCCUCCCAAUACGAUUCUGUCUGGCGGUGAGAGUGUUGGUCGGGUGGUGGGCGUACGUGCUCGCCAAGGAAGCAAGAUGGCUGGUUGGCUUUGUGUGGGAAGGCCUGGGCCGAAUGUGGCGACGAGGCCGAAUGGGCAGGGGUUCCUCUCGGAGACCAAGCAUUGACAGCCGCAGGAGCUCGGAGGCCUUCUCACGCAGCUCAAGUGCCGCACGUGAGCCGUUGCGAGAGUUCGGUGCCAAUGGCUCUUCGACGACAGGCCAUGGUGAUCCCAAUGGUGUCUCUAUGCGGCGAACGCCUUCGGAACGGACAAAGACUCGGCCAAACGGCUUCAGCCUCCCUGCACUCAACACGUCCUCCCGUCCACGGACUGGCCCUUUUCACCAUAAAAGGACAAAGUCUGUGCCGUCGAAUCUGAGUUCAUUUCACAAGGCAGACCUUCUCCAGUUCGCAGUCAUCAUGGUGAGCUCUCUCAUCCUUACGCAGCUCGAUGCCAGUCGAAUGUAUCAUUUCAUCCGCGCACAAUCGGCCGUCAAACUCUACGUUAUCUACAACCUCGUCGAGGUUGGCGAUCGGCUGCUCUCUGCGUUAGGCCAGGACAUAUUCGAGUGCCUCUUCAGCUCGGAGGUCCUGUCACGCAACAGCCUUGGACGUUCCAAAGUAGUGCUGCCGUUUGGCAUGUUCUGUCUGGCUCUGGCUUAUAAUUGCGCGCACGCCAUCACCCUCUUUUAUCAGGUCAUCACGCUCAAUGUGGCCGUCAACUCGUAUUCCAACGCCCUCCUGACCCUCCUGAUGUCCAACCAGUUUGUUGAGAUCAAAGGCAGUGUCUUUAAGCGGUUCGAGAAGGAGAAUACGUUCCAGCUUACAUGUGCCGAUGUCGUUGAACGAUUUCAGCUCUGGAUCGUGCUGCUCAUCAUUGGCAUGCGGAACGUGGUGGAGGUCGGCGGUCUUAGUGUGCCAGGCGCCGGCAUCGACCUUGGCGAAGACAUGGCUGCCAAGGUCCCGUUGCACAAUCCCUCGAUCCUCCCCAUGAGCUUCACAAUCUUGCCGUCAUGGCUUUGGUCCGGAGAAGUUCUUUCUCCGUUCUUGGUCGUUAUCGGCAGUGAGAUGUUGGUGGACUGGAUCAAACACGCAUAUAUCAACAAAUUCAACAACAUCAAACCCAAAUUUUACAGCAGAGUCCUUGAUAUCCUAUGCAAGGACUACUACACAAAUGCCUUCGUCGCGCCAACCCUUACCCGCCGACUUGGUCUUCCACUACUACCGCUAUCCACGCUCUUCAUACGCGCGUCCUUUCAGACUUAUCACAUGUUUCUCGCCACGCAUAUGCCGGCUCCACUACCGCCAUCGACGCAAACAUCGUUAUCCGUGGAGUCGACACCAACAUCGCCAGCAGUCACAGCGGCGCUUGAUCGGCUUGAUCAUCUCAUCCGAAAUGCCCUCGGCCGGUCGGUCUAUGGGCUAGAAGGUGAUGCCGUGAAUGCCACCGCGGCAGGCCGAGGGAAAUUUUCUUGGUUCUCCUGGAACACUGACGAUGCCAUUGCCGUGACUACGUUGAUCAUGGUGGUCUUCGUUGUCUGGUUGGUAUUGCUCAUAGUGAAGCUCUUCUUGGGUAUGUUUCUUCUCCGGUACAGCCGCGACCGGUAUGCUCGCAUGAAACUCAAGGAACACGCUGUCGCGACGGGCAAGGCCGAGAAGGAGAGCUUUGACGCAAAGGGGAAGCGGAUCGGCGGCUUCGGUGCUGUCGAAAUUGGCGACGACAGGCGGCGUUGGGUCUACGGAGACGACUCUGAGGGGCUCAAGAAGGCGAGGGAGAGGGAGAGAAAGACGGAGGAGAAACGGGACAAGGGCGGUGAUGGUGACCGGGACCUCAAUGGAGUCAUGAGGUACGAGAUGGUCGCCAAGCGAAUCUGGUAA